UUGUUUCGCAGGAGUUCAAGCACUUCGUGCAGGCAAUGGGAGCGCGGCACGUCCUCACGGCUCCCUACCACCCCAGCUCCAAUGGGUUGGCAGAGCGUUUCAUCCAGACCUUAAAGAAUGCGCUGCGCAAAGACUGCACAGGAGGAACACUGCAGGUAAAGCUGCAUAAAUUUUUGCUGUCGUAUCGCAACACGCCACAUGCGACGACUCGUGAAUCACCAGCGGCAUUGCUCCUAGGACGACGCUUACGCAGUCGGCUAGAUGCCGUAAAGCCUUCCGUGGGGGAAAGAGUAGCACACAGACAGUGCACUCAGGCACUAAGUCGUCCGUGUCGCGAACGUCACUUCUUGGUAGGCGACAGCGUGAAAAAGUUCAGUCAAGAGACAUCCAGGUCAUAUGUUGACGCCGUGCGCCGGGGGGCCGAGCGGCGUCUGGUGACAGUGGGCACACAGUACACCAUUGUUGAUGUGUGCCUGCCCCGUCCCCCACCCGAACGGCACUCCGGUGUCGGCACCAUUGACAUCCCGGAGGUUCACCUGACGGCGGCCUCUGGCACAACCAAAGUUACUGGGAGUGGCGACACACCACUCCAACUUCAGGCCACUGCCCAGGCAGGGCCAUCCACAACUCUGACAGGUGCAGCCAAGGCUGCCAUACUAUCACAGAGAAAAGGCUCGCUGGCCCCUGAGCCGUGCUUAUGCGCCAUAAAACCCAAUACAAUACAAUAUUCUGGAAAACCAAAGUGGGCUCCCGCUGUGAUUGUUGCUCAAACAGGACCUGUCUCUUUCCAAGUACGUGCAACCACCCCGAGGGGCACCUUCACCUGGCGUCGUCACCAGGACCAGCUGCUACAAAGGCCUGCAGAGGACGUUACCCCUAGGCAUAGAACAGCUGGCGAAGUUACGACCAGCGAGUUCCUGGUUUAUCCUGAGACUACCGGCGCACCAGUUCCUUCCAGUCCACAACCGCCCAUGGUAACUCCGGUUGCGCAACAGGCAACACCAGCACCCGCCGAGGCAAGACGCUACCCCAUGCGAAAUCGUCGCCCACCGACACAAGUUUCAUCUUGUUCUUUUUCUGUUACGAUGUACUUCUUCCUUUGUUUACUUUCGUUUGGGUUUUCGCAGCUACAUGAUGCGCACGUGGGACUAAUCAUGCCACCUGGAAGUUAGUAGUUGUUGGUAUUUCUUAUUCCCUGUCCUUUGUUCAAUUUGUGUGCUAAAGUCAAUAGAGCACGAACCAGUGUAAACCUGUGUGUUGUUGAAUUUGUUUUCUUGUUUUAGUACGAAUGAUGUGACUGAUUAGGUGCCCAAAUAAUUAGAUUAUGA